AAAAAUCUAUCAUUCCUCUUCUGAUUCAAACGACACAACAAAAAUCAUCAGACAUUUUUAUUUUUACAAAUUAAAAUUUAGUAAAAAUAAUAUAAAAUGUACCAAGACACACCAAACCCGGACCCGCCUCAAGCCUCACCAGAUUCGAAGCAAAAGAAUAUAGAUACAUCGAAACUGGUAUCGAAAUCUACGUACGAAAAUUUAUACAAAAAACUUAAAGCAUACAAGAGUAUCUCUAAUAGGGACUUUAAAAACGUGUGCAAAAGCAUAGUAUCGAGCAAGGGUAUCUCUGGAAAUACAUUACAAACCCAGGACAAGCAAACCUCUACCAGGCCGGACAACCCUGAAAACUUCCCUCCAUUCAACUGGAUCGCCGAAGCCAAGAUCUACAACCACAACUACUUGAGGAUCCCCGUAGAAUGGAUCACGUAUGGCGUCGAUAUCAUUGUGUUGUAUUUCUCCUUGCGUGACACCGACAGGCCUGAUAACAUCAUGGAAAAAUUCUAUGAGCUGUAUGAGAACGCGCGUUACGUCAACCUGCCUAUGGAAGUCAUCAAUGUCCCUAUGGAUGAUAACAAACAGGACGUGUGCAUCAGCUACGACGACCAAGCCAACUGGUUCACUCUCAUGUUUAACGACCCUCUAAUAAUCACUCUCCAAUACCUGUACGGUAUAACCGCUGUCCCUCACCUUGUAGUAAUAAAAACUGACGGGAGUGUGGUCUCCUCUCAUGGAAUAUCAGAUUUAGAUGCGUACGGAAAGAAUGCCUUAAUUACUUGGAUGUCCACGUCAUCAUUGAUUAUUAACCCUAAGAGGCUAAGCAAGGAAUUGCAAAUGUAUGGUCCUAACUGGAGAUACUUGACUAUUGGGUCUGGGGGAGCUCCAAAACGAGAUUAUAAAAAGAAACAUAGGAAGUCGCACACUAAAUCGCGACAUAGCUCCGUUACUAAGCGUCACGGAACACGGUCUAAGAAAGAGAAAGAUCAAGGAGUGCCAAUUGAAAAGGUGCCUAGUGUAUCAGCAAGCGAUAAAAAGGAAGAGACAAAGCAGUAACUUCUUUGAUAAACAUGUGUUCCUAGUACCUCGUUGAUGAAGAAGCUGUGCUAGGGUUAUUUUCGUAUUUUAGUUAAUUUGUAAAACGUUUGUCUAUUGGACAACAUUUAAAAAAUUUUUAGCUCCUUUAAGUAUUUAAGAUUAAUUUACAUACAUUUGUUUAAUAGUGCCUUAAUUGUUGUUUAAUGUUAAUUUGAAAAUAAUUUUUAAUUUAACUUUGUUAGUAUCUUAGCUAAUUUUAACGUUUGGUAUUGCAAUAAAUUAGUACCUAAUUUCAA